ACAUUUCGCCUCCAGAUUUACCGUAGAAACAUGGCGACUCACGUGAGCGAGCUGGAGGCCGCGAAAAAGACGCUGACGGAGGCCCUGGGGGAGAACGUGAAACAGUAUUGGGCGAACUUGAAACUUUGGUUCAAACAAAAGAUAAGUAAAGAGGAAUUUGAUCUGGAAGCGAGAAGACUUCUCACACAGGAGAAUGUGCAUUCCCAUAAUGACUUCUUGCUCGCUAUCCUCACCCGAUGUCAGAUCAUGGUUUCAGCUCCAGAGGGCGCAUCUUCCCUGCUUUGGACCAGUCCAUCUGCUGCCAAAUCUGGAAAGCCUAAAAGCAAAAAGAAAUUUCCCUCUCUGCGGGCAAAGUUUGAACAUCGUUUUCAGGCACAGAAUCCAUUAGCAGGGGCACAACAGUUUGUGACAAAGGAUCCACAGGAAGAGGAUGAUCUCAAAUUUUGUACUCACACGAUGGUCCUACCCACACGAGGACAGCUACAUGGUCGGAUGAUCGUAACCGCUUAUGAAUGUGGGUUGGACGUCGUAUCUGAAGACGCAGUUACAGUUGUGGUGAAUGCAGUUGAGAAUCACUUGAAGGACAUUCUGACUGCUGUGGUGUCCAGGAGGAGAGCAUACCGUUUACGUGACGGCCACUUUAAAUAUGCGUUUGGAAGCAGUAUUAAUCCUCAGCCAUACUUAAAGAACAGUAUAAUUGCUUACAACAAUAUUAUUGAUUGCCCUCCUGCAGGGUUGUCACUAACCGCAGGGCAGAAUCCAGGCUUCCAAAUGUCGUUGGAUGAUGCAGAACAACAGGCAGCUCUUCUUCUAGCCUGUUCCGGUGAAGAUACACCAGCUGCUCUACCACCUGUCAACAUGUAUGACCUUAUUGGAACCUUACAGGUGCACAGAGAGGUCAUCCCAGCACACACAGUCUAUGCCCUGAAUAUAGAAAGGAUACUGGCCAGACUCUGGCAUCCCAGUCAUGAAGAGUUAGAGCAGGAUAAGAUCCAUCGUCAGAGGCUGGCAAUCAAGGAGGGACUUGUUUGUUGAUCCAGAUCCACACCAGUCACUGGUGCUUCAAACAUGCCUGAUUUACAUUGCUGUUGAAUAAGCUGAUGCUGGGGCUAAGCCAGGUUCCCUCUUAUCCUUUGUUUUAAAGUAAACAAUUGCUGGCUAACAUGCACUGCAGUGACCAACACUGGACUGUGGUGUGGUGUGAAUGUAUAGAAGCAGGCAAAGCACAACUAUGCAUUUAAUUGUGUUAAUGUGUUCCAAAGUAAGUACAGUUGUAUCUCUUUCCUUUUGUUGACCUGGAUCAGAAGGAGCGGUGGGAGGUUGAUCUCUUGUUUGAAUAUUUGUACUUAUUGCAUAUCUACCCAGGGAAGUGGAGCUGAAAAAGUUGUGGGCUCAUAGUUAAGAUAGAAAACAUGAGGUACUUAGAGUUGAAGGUGGAAAGCUAUAACUACGCUGUGAAAUAAUACCAUGUAGUAAUGUUUAUUUUUGUACAGCUGUAAAAAAAAACUGCAACUGAUCUGUAUUAUAUUGCUGCAGUAUCUGUGCUUUUUACACAACCAAGUACAUUUUUUUAUUAUUUUCUUUACAACACUUUUUUUGUGUGCAUAUUUACAACUUUAUUUUGUAGUACAUGUGGGAAAACUUAAGCAUCAGUUCAAUAAAAUGUCAUCAAUU